CGAACCCCACUCCAGCUGAACUUGCGCAGGCAACAGCUACUAGAGCACAUUCAAGGCUUCAUCGGCUGCGGCGGGCAUGUUGAUCCCCAAACUGACAACACUCGUUAAGUUUCUGUGAAAAUCUCCCUGUGAUCUAAUCUGCUGAUACAAUGCAGGCGUCGGCUAGUCACCAGGAGAAUGUCCUCCAGAGCACCACCAACAGUGGAAGUGGCAACUUGUUCGCCGCGAACUCCUUUAACACUGGCGGUGGAUCCAUUACCUUUGUGACAGGCCAUGAGCGGAAGGAACUCGAGGACCGGUGCCUUCGCGGACUAUUUCAAACGAAUCCCCUUGACGACUUGAGGAGCAUUCAGAAGGCCAAAAGCAAGCUCGAAGGGACGUGCGAGUGGCUCCUUCUCCGGGAAGAAUACAAAAACUGGGUGAGCGGCGACGGACCCUGGCUUCUCCAGCUGGAAGGUGCUCCAGGUAUCGGAAAAACUGUGCUAGCAACUUUCCUUGUCAACGAGUUAACCAGGCGGGCUGAAACAACUCCCGACAUGACGUUUGCGUAUUUCUUCUGUGACAACAAACAUGAAGCCCGAAAGACUGCGACAUCGAUUCUCCGGGGGCUGAUUUGGCAACUACUGAGGCGACACGAAGAUCUAUUCGAGCACAUUUUAUUGGAUUUCAAGUCCCAAAAGGAUCGUCUUUUCGAGAACUUUGAAGCCCUCUGGCGAAUCCUAUCAAACAUGUUACGUGAUCCGAAGUCUGGCCAUGUGUUCCUCCUCAUUGACGCCCUCGACGAGUGCGAAGAAAAGUCGCGAGAGGGGCUGAUUGACAGUCUCGAAUUAUUGGCAAACGAGGCGUCCGACGACUGCAAGGUUCUCAUAAUAUCCCGACCUGGGCAUGACAAGAGAAACAAAUUGGACGAGAUUUCGACAUGCAUCCGCGUGGACACUGGGAAAAUCAAUCAAGAUCUUUCCAACUUCAUUUCAUCCAGAGUUGAGGAUAUCUCUCGGCGGAAAAAUUGGCUUCCUACUUUAAAAGAAGACGUCCAAAUGGUUCUUAAUGAAAAAGCUCAGGGAACGUUUCUUUGGGUUUCCCUCGUCGUUAAAGAUCUUGAACGAACAAAGAAGCACGAGGUCCGACAAAAGCUGGAAGCGCUCCCCACCGGCCUCAACGAAAUGUACGACAGAAUCUUGUCCGGGAUUGGGUCCAAGCAAGCUCAGGAUGCCCUGUUCGUGUUACAGUGCAUUAUAGCCGCAAGACGCCCUCUGACCACAAGCGAACUUGCUACGGCCUUUAUAUUGGGAGCCCGCGAAUCAAAAGCAAACGAACUGCCUUCAGAAGACAAGGUGGACGAGUUCCGCGAAAUUCACACCAUUUGUGGGGAUAUCGUCUAUCUCGAUGUAGAUAAUAAGACUGUCAAUCUCAUUCACCAAUCAGCAAAGGACUAUCUUCUGACAGACAAAAGCAAACCAAGGGAAACACAAAGGCAAUAUGCGGUCGUUCAUGACUCUGCCAAUUGCCUCCUAUUUCGGGUUUGCUGGGCAUACCUAAGCAUGAAAGAAUUUGAUCACGGAAACGAGAUUAUUGGUCGAGAUUCAGAUAAUGAACUUUAUCCACAAUUCUUUGCGAAAGAUAUGAAAAAAAAAUACAGUUUUCUUCAAUACGCCUCCGAGGAAUGGACAGAGCAUGCUGUGGCAGCUUACCCGGCUAUAGUCGAGAAUCUUGUGGGAUUCGACUGGUCCGUUUUGGAUGACACGCCAAACUUACGCGAUGCCUGGUUAAUCGAAGCCUCAGAAAUGGGACAAAUCGAAGUAGUAGAACAACUACUUAACAAGGGCGCUGAUCUUGAGUCUAAAGAUGUGAGUGGCUGCACGCCGCUGUCGCUGGCCGCAGAUCAGGGAAAUCAGGUGGUAGUACAGCUACUCCUCGAGAAGAGCGCUGAUCUUGAGGUUAAAGAACACAGUCGCAAUCAAACACCGCUAGCGCUGGCCGUAGAGAACGGACACCAGGCGGUAGUGCAGCUACUUCUCGAGAAGGGUGCUGAGCUCGAGGCUAAGGAUAAUAUGGGGCGGACGGCGCUAUGGUUAGCCGUACAGAAAGGACACCAGAAAGAAACGGGGCUGUACGGCGUUAUCGUGGGCCGCACAGAAUGGACAUAUGGAGGUAGUAAAGCUACUCCUCGGGAAAGGUGCUGGGCUCGAGAUUAA